AUGGCGAGUUUGGUUUGCGUUCGUUCUUUGCGGGUGAAAUCUCAGGCCGAGCCCAUCGUGUUCGCGCUCCGCGAGGGCAGUAUCGAGAUCUACAAGGGGACAGACAUUGAGGCGGUGAAACAUGGAAGUCCCGCCAAGAGGAUUGUGGUGGAUGAUAUUAAAGACCUGGAGGUGGAAGAGGAACAAGAGAAGUUCAUCAUUCGCUUGGCUGACCGCAAGAGCUUUGAGGUGUUUUCUCCUCAGGGGAAGUCCUUUGACGAUUGGUAUGAUGAGUUAGCACGGAUCUUCGAAGAAGCCGAAUCA